ACCUAACAGCACAACUUCCUGCUCGUCUCUGUGUGAGCUUGUGGUUUUGACAGAAGUGUAGAGAACAACCCAUACGCGCACCGAGUGAGUGACAAAUAGAGAGACAGACUAAAUUUGGUGAGAAAUGUUUUUGACACUCAUUAAAAAGUGACAAGUUGCAGUCGACAGCAUUUCAGAGCCCAACAAUGGAGCCACAAGAGAUCAGAGAGGGAUAUCUGGUGAAAAAGGGUACAGUGUUGAACUCCUGGAGGGCAGUGUGGGUGGUGUUGUCAGAUGAUGGGGUGGAUUUCUAUAAAAAGAAAACAGACCGUUCACCGAAAGGAAUGAUCCCACUGAAGGGAGCCAAACUCCUCAGCCCCUGUCAGGAUUUCAGCAAAAGGAUGCUGGUCUUCAAGAUUACCACUGAGAAAAAUCAAGAUCACUUUUUCCAAGCCUCACACAUAGAGGAGAGGGAAUCCUGGGUAAAGGACAUCAAGAGAGCUAUUACCUGCCUGAAUGGUGGGAAAAAGUUUGCCAGAAAGUCCACACGACGCUCCAUUCGCCUGCCUGACACAAUCAACCUGAAUGAGAUUUACAUGCUGAUGAAAGACCCGGAUAAUGGAGUCAGAGAGCAACAACUGCAGCAAGAGAAUCGAGUAUUCAACCACUGCUUCACCGGUGCAACUGUUAUAGAGUGGCUGGUUUCCCAGGGGAAAGCAAGAAAUAGCCCUGAGGCCCUCAUGUUAGGAACAGGGCUUCUGAAUGAGGGAUUUCUCCAGCCUGCAGGCGACAUUUCAAAAGAGAGAGCAGAGAGUGGAGAGCAAACAUCGUUCUUAGAUGAUACCAAAGCGCUUUACUACUUUGCUGACAGCGGGUUCUUUUGUGAAGGCUACUCCAGUGAUGAAGAUGUGCUUGUGAAGGAAGAAUUCAGAGGAAACAUCAUAAAACAGGGCUGUUUGCUUAAACAGGGACACAGAAGAAAAAACUGGAAGGUGCGAAAGUUUAUAGUGCGAGACGACCCUGCUUACAUGCACUACUAUGAUCCUUCAAAGGUUGAUGACCCUCUGGGCUCAGUUCAUCUGCGUGGAGCGGUGGUUACAGCUGUGGAGCAUGUUCCUGAUGCAAAAAAGCACGACAUUGAUGGCAACCUCUUUGAGAUCAUCACUGCAGAUGAAACUCACUACUUCCUCCAAGCUGCAACAGCUGAAGAAAGAAAGGAGUGGAUCAAAGCAAUACAGGCCGUGUCAAAAAGUGGAAAAUAACAGCAGCAGGGGGAUAUCUGCCAGCCACAUUUCUGACAAAACUGCACUACUAUUAAACCUUAGUGCUGUUUUCUUUCUAUGUAAAGUAAAUGGCAAGUUUCACUUUUCUGCGUUCUAUAAAACUACUCAGUGGAUGUUUGUGCACUAUAAGCAACAUUAAUCAUUUAAAAAUAUAUUAAUUAAAUGAUCCACAUUCAAUAAUUAAAUCAUAAUCAGUCAUUUGUGUGUUAUAUGUUCAAUAACGUGGGUAAUAAACUAGGAAAAUGUUGGUAAGAGUGUUAUGGUUGUAUCUGGUUGUAUUUAUAUAUAUGGACAUGUAAAUGUGCUUGCUGGUAAAACUCUUAAGUAUCAGCCUUUAAAAAUGUCUCAAAUCUAAAAAAAGCCCCUUGCAACUGAAGGCUGGUAACAGAGCAGAAGAAACUCCUUUUCUUGGCACAUUUUUCACCCACUGUGGUUUUCUGGUUUCCUCCUUGUUCAUAUGUCUUUCAAAUGUUUGAGAUAGUUAGAGCUAUCACACAAACACACUCUAUUCUGACUGUGAACUAGUUCUGAAUCAUAGUUAAGACCUUGUAGUUUCCAGGCCUGCUGCAAAUGUGUGACAAUUUAUCUGCUACAUAAAUGACUGGCUUGAGUAACAGCGAGCCUAUCUCACUGUCUUAAAGAGAAAACAACACCAGACAGGAGUGGCUAUUUCCUACUUUGGGAAUUUAAAAUACUUCAGUCAAAUUAAUAGUUUAAUUUAAUUUAAUUUAAGUAGAGAUUAGUGAUAUGCAAGAUGGGCUCAUAGUGCUCAUUUGUUGCAUGUUUGAGCAGGUGGUGAAUAUAAUAUGACCAAAAGAAAUGCCUAAAAUCUAUUUAGAUGAAAUCAGCAUUGUAACAAACCAGAACCCCUGUUUCCUUCUGUGAUCAAAUUCUCUCGCAGAUGUUUGCUCUAGCCAUCAUGAACAGUUUCACUCCAGUGAAUCAACUUGAAUAAUUUGAACAACACUUUCCUUCCUGUGUGAUCAGACACAUGGGCACCAAACACCCACUCGUGCAUUUAGACAGCUGUUCAGUUUGUUCCCACUGCCUACUCCUCACCACAGACCAAUGAAUUGUGCAGAGGCCCUUACUCCUGUAUACUAACAUUAAGCAAAUAUUAAGUUCUUGGGUUUGAUUCAGCAUAACAGUAUAUUCUCCAAAAGUUAUUGCUGCAUUUGCAUAUUUUAUAAUGAUCACCAGUAAUGUUUCUAAUUUUAGUUUAUUAUUUGUUCUUAGAAGAAACAGAAAAAGAAAAACAGGUUUUUCCCAAUCAUUUAUAAAUUGAAGGCAUUUUACAGUUCUAACACUGGAGGGCGCUAUAUAUCAAUCUAACUUUCUUGCUUUGUGUUUUUUUACAUCCUUGCAUAGAGGAAUGCUGUUGCAAAUGGUCAAAAGCCAAUGAACUUCAUUUAAAAAAAGUGAGAAGUAGAUUUGGCAUGCUGCUUCUCACAUUUUAUGUAUAUAUACAUUGAAAUUUUAAGAUUAUGUGGUCUAUGAGUGAGCCUCAGAGUGUUGCAUGUGUCCUUUUUGAUAAAAAAACAGAUGCCAUCCAUUCAAGCUCCUGGGAAGACAGGAACUCAUUUAAAAAGCGGAAACUAAUUUCUCUUAUUAAGUUCUAGCUUGUAAGGUUCUAAUGAGCCUUUUUAAUUAACCAUUAAAUCAUCUUAUCCUGAUUGUACUAUAAGCACAAGGAAAUUGAGAAAUAAAGUGGUGAUGAGGGUUAAAAAAGCUUAGUUCAUUGUCAGUAUGGUUGUGGUGCAAUGUUAAAUGACUCAUAGCAAUUUGCAAAAAGUCAACGUGUCUAAUGUAGCACAAAGCUCUGAACACAUCAAAUGGAACAUGCUAAUAGAAGUGGGAUCUCCAGAACUGCUGGAGAGCCAACAGUUUAUCACAUUCACUUUGCAGCUCCAAACUCGGACUCAAUCAUAUCAUUUUGUCUGAUAAUGUUACAAACUUCAGGUCACAUGCAUUUCUUUACAGAGAUUGUCGCACCCAGUGUCAUUUAAUAAACCACUCUGGUCACACCAUCACCCGUC